AUGCUUAAAGAAGACUAUGGUUACCCAGAUACUCUUGACUUUAGUGACAGAUAUAAAGAAGCUAUUAGAAAGUUCAAGGAAGGAAAUACUGACCCGAACCUAUUUAGCUUUAUGGCUCAGCACCAAAUGGGAUAUAAUUUCAAACCUGGAAAAUACAAGCUCGCUAAGGGAUAUGAUUUAAUAGCAUAUCAUCCAAAUGACAUGAACGAAUUUACUCCGAGAUAUUUGGUGUCAGAGCUAAAUGACAAUUCAACUCUCUUCAUGAAACGCGUAAAAAAUAGAGACGGAACGAAAGAAGAAAGGUUUAUGAGUCCGGAUGACUUAGAUAGGGAACUUGUUAAAAACGGUCUCGGAAUAUAUGAAAUGCCAGCAGAUGAGGUACAAGAAACUCCACAGGAAGAAGUUCAGAUACAACCAGACAUGGAAGAAAUAGUUCAGCAACAACAGCUAGAAGAGCCUGAAGGAAACGAACAAGUCCCUCCUUUGGAAACUAACUUCACAGAACUAGAUGAAGAUUUGGAACAGCCG